UUCGAACAACCGGCCCUAAACAUAUCAAACUUUUUUAUUUGUUGCGUACAUAAUCUCAUAAUUUUAAUGUUUUCAGCAACCCAAUAAAAGUUGACAUUGACAGCUUUGGUGACAGUAAUUAAAUAUUUGAUAGUGAUCAAGUGAUCGAUUAGCGUUCGAACAACCGGCCCUAAACAUAUCAAACUUUUUUAUUUGUUGCGUACAUUUUAGCGUGUACCUAGACACAUGACACAACGUGUUUGGAAUACUUUUUUUGACGUUUUGACGUCACGACUAUCACAUCACGGUCCCACAAUAACAGUUGUCACAGUAUUAAAAACAAAGUAUAUUUUUUAUUAUUUUUAUUUUAUCGUGAACCAGGAACAGUGUGCAGGUUGUUAUUUGAAAUGAAUUUUGAAGAAUAUUUUUAUUCAGUUUUUAAGUAUUAGGGAUGGAAGAUGGAAUGUAAAGUUGAAGAGUAUGACCAAAACGAUAUAGAAUUUUCCACCUCGGUAGAUCUGGAUGAUUUGAAAAAUGAACCAGAGGAAGAUUACCCAGUUUCUUUAUUAGCGAUGGAAUGUAAAGUUGAAAUUAAGAAAGAAGUUAAAGAGGAUUACCAAAAUGAUUUAGAGCUAUCCACCUCAGUAGAUAUGGAUGAUUUGAAAAAUGAACCAGGGGAAGAUUACCCAGGUUGCUUCCAGGAGAAGAACACAAUGAAAAUCAUGAAAACAACUGAACCUUCAUCUUCUAAAGAAACAUGUAGCAGUGGAAACACUGGAGAAACGACAUUAAAUAAUAUAAAUAUGAAACUUCAGACUGGCCAAGGAUCCUACAUAUGUGAUAUUUGUUUAAAACAGUUUUCCCAAAAACCCUAUUUAAAAAAACAUUUGAAGACACACAGUGGAGAAAGGCCUUAUAAAUGUGAAAUUUGUUUUAAACAAUUUACACAGGCAAAUAAUUUGAAAACACAUUUGACAGUGCACACUGGGGAAAAGCCUUAUAAGUGUGAAAUUUGUUUUAAACAGUUUUCCCAACUAAGUGGUAUGAAAACACAUUUGAAAUCGCAUACUAAAGAAAAACCUUACAAGUGCGAAAUUUGUUUUACCCAGUUUACUGCAGCAUGUAGUUUAAGAAGACAUAUGAUAAUGCACACUAGAGAAAAACCUUACAAGUGUACAAUUUGUUAUAAGCAGUUUGACAAGGCACACAUAUUGAAACAACAUUCAAGUACAUGUAAUUACACCUUACUCACUUACAAGUGCGAAAUUUGUUUCGAACAGUUUAAUCGAGCAAGUAACUUGAAAACACAUAUGGAAUUACACACUGAAGAAGUUCCUUUAAAGUGUGAAACUUGUGUGAACGGCUUUGCUAGUCUAUGCGAUUUAAGAAGUCAUUUGAGAACACAUCCAGGAGAAAAACCGUACAAGUGUGAAAUUUGUUUUAAGCAGUUUACUCAGAAAGGUCAUUUCUAUUAUCACAUGAGGGUUCACACAGGGGAAAAACCUUAUAAGUGUGAAAUUUGCUUUAAGAAGUUCAGAGCAAUAAGUAUCUUGAAUAGGCACGUGAGAGUGCACAUUGGAGAAAAACCUCACAAGUGUGAAAUUUGUUCUAAGCAAUUUAUUCUUGAAGGUAAUUUAAAAACUCAUUUGAGAGUACACACUGGAGAAAAACCACACCAGUGUGAAAUUUGUUUGAAGAGGUUUACCGAACGAUCUACUUUGAAAUCACAUUUGAGAACACAUACAGGAGAAAAACCUUACAAGUGUGACGUUUGUUUUAAGCAGUUUGCUCAAACAAGUACUUUGAAAAAACAUAUGAACUGCGCACACUGAAGCAAGUGCUAAAAUUGAAGACCUUGAUGCAAGAACCAGGCAACUCCAUUUUUAACUGAAAUUGAGUUAUUGCAUUCAGCAUAUAAAAUUUGAAGUUGCGCAUAUUUUGGUACAAGAAUCUGGCAAAUCCAACGAAUCUUCAUUAAGUUAGCAUAACAAAGGGCUUAUCUGAUCAACCAUUACGGUGCAAGAAUCAGGCAAGUCCAGGAGUUAUGAUCGCUUGUAAUUGAAGAUGUUGGAGUGGGGAUAACGCUCACUGGUCCGGUGGUAGAGUGUUAUUGGUGUUUAGGUGUUUUGUUUUCAAUUUUGAGAUUAAGAACACGUGAAUUUCGUGUUUAGUACAAUACGUUUUAUCUUCAAAGAGAAGAAGUGUGAACAAAACGGAGAUCCACUAUACGAUGAAAUUAUACUGGAUCAAACGGAUACCAGAGAAACAACCCCCCCCCCCUUCAGUAGCUGAAAUGCAAGAAGCAGUUACCAGACUGAAAAACAACAAUUCACCUGGAUUGGACAACAUUAGCGCAGAAUUAAUAAAAGAAGGCGGAGACUUCCUAUUGAAUGCGAUACACGAACUUAUAGUGAACAUACGGAAUAAUAAACAACUGCCACAAGACUGGAAUACCGGAGUAAUCAUUCCACUACAUAAAAAGGGAGAUCAGCUUCAAUGUAACAACUACCGGGCAAUAACUCUACUGACUGUGGCAUAUAAAAUACUGUCAAAUAUUGUGUAUGAGCGAUUGAUACCAUAUGCGGAACAAAUAGUUGGGGGAUAUCAAUGUGGUUUCUGCAGGCAGAAGUCCACAAUAGAUCAGAUCUUCGUUUUGAGACAAAUCUUGGAAAAGACUAGUGAAUUUAAUAUAGAAACACAUCAUCUCUUCAUUGACUUUGAGAGUACCUAUGAUAGUAUCCAUCGAGAAUUUCUGAUCAACGCCCUGAAAGAGUUUAAUAUUCCAACUCAUCUCAUUGAUAUAGUAAAAGAAACGCUUAAAAUACAAAGCAGGGUUCGAAUUCAAAACGCACUAACAGAUACAAUCCAUGUUAGAACGGGCCUACGACAGGGAGAUGCCCUAUCCUGUAUUCUAUUCAACAUUAGAGAAAAUAAUUAGAGAGUCAAAAGUCAACACCAGAGGAACAAUAAUAACAAAAAGUGUACAAAUAUUGGCAUUUGCAGAUGAUGUUGAUAUCAUAGCUAGAAGCAAAAGAGAAAUGAUAGAAGCAUUUAAUGCUAUAGAAAGAGCGGCACAAAACAGUGGCCUAAAUAUUAAUGAAAUAAAAACCAAAUACAUGAAGGCCAGCAGAUCGACAGGCCAAAGAAAACUAACAGAUUCUGACAAUAGGAGACUAUAACAUCGAAAGCGUAAAAAAUUUUACAUAUCUAGGUUCACUAGUUACCGCAGAUAACAAUGUCAGCGAAGAAGUUAAGAGAAGAAUACAUAUUUCUAAUAAAACAUAUAAUGGACUCAUUAAACAUCUAAGAUCUAACAACAUCACGACAAAAACCAAAUGCAAAAUAUACAAAACCCUGAUAAAACCGGUCCUUAUAUAUGGAUCAGAGACAUGGACACUGACGAAAAGUGAUUAGAACUUAUUAGGUACGUUUGAACGAAAAAUCCUUAGACACAUAUAUUAAGGUUGUGAAAGAAAAUGACGUAUGGCGCAAAAGAUAUAAUUUUGAACUAUACGCAGCAUACAACGAACCCGACGUCAUACCAUCCAUAAAGAUCGGACGUCUGCGCUGGAUGGGCCAUGUUGAACGAAUGUUGGAGACCGAAACACCAAAACACAUAAUGAAGCAAACACCAGUAUGGAGAAGGUCAAAGGGAAGACCCAAACUUAGAUACAUGGAACAAGAUCUGAAAACACUUAAGAUUACCCACUGGAAGAACAAAUCAAGGAACAGAACAGAAUGGCGGAAAAUCCUAGAACAAGCCAGGACCCAAAAAGGGUUGUCGAGCUACUGAUGAUGAUGAUGACAAUACGUUUUAUAAUAUCGUCGGAGUCGGAAAUCGAGAGCCAUCCUCUUCAAUAUUCGGGCAGUAAAUAUGUUCCGAAUGAUUUGGAUCAACCUAGUACAAGUUAUGCACCGAAUAGAAGUAAAAUUAAAACAAAAGAAGCGAUUUCGCAGAAACAAGAAACGAAAAUGGGCGGCAAAAGAAAUGUAAGGAAAUAGUUAAGAGCCUGUGGAAAGAAGCAUCUUAAUUAAGUUAAAAAGGUUGUACCGAAAAGAACAGUGGGAACACGAUGUAUUUGCCGACUUAAAUGUUUUGAUAAAAUUGAUGAAACACUAACAAUGUCUAUUCUCUCCUCUUUUAACGAAUUAGUAAAUAGAGAGAAGCACAUUUUCACAACAGUUUUUUUUACAACAGUUUUAUGAAACAAAAAGGAGAUAUAAUAAUCUCCAUGCAUAAUAAUAAAGCAAUACUCAAAGCCCUUGGAUACACACCCUAAAAAAAUGAGGGAUUAUUAUAUUUUCAUUUACGUAUUUCAUUUGUAAUAAAAAAUAUAAAAGCAA